GAGGGAAUUACAAUUCGAUUUCCAAGUCUGUAGUUUCUUAGUUGAACACUAGUCUACAUAAAGAGCUCCCAGCCUGUCAGACUCUAGAGAAACUUUUUUUGGUGACAACUUUCCUUAACGACUGUGUCCAAAACGCCAUAAAAUGCAUAUGAGUGUUGUAAAAGCGCUAUAAGUGGUUCCAACCUGAAAACCUGUGGCCAUCUACACCAGCCGACUAAAUCCUCACAACCUUUUCCACCUCAUACGAAACGUAUCGACAAUAUGCGCGUCGUAACGAUGCUGCUGCUCGGAGCAUCUUCCGUCUCUGCUGUUCCACUAUUCCUCCGUUCCCCUUCCACUCUGAUAUCGGAAAUCACUUCUCGAGACACCAAUGACACCAACAAAAGCAACAACAACAACGACGACGACAAAGUCCCCGUGGCAGGAAUAGUAAUUGGUUCCAUCAUCGGCAUCGCCCUGAUCCUCUGUCUCAUCGCAUACCUCAUCAGCCGCGAUAACUGCAUCACACGUCGUGGAUGGUUCAAACGUCGUCUAGAGAAAAAGCAAUACAAAAAGACUCAGUCAUCGCAAAAUCUGAGCCCACAAGACGACGAAGAAGCACUCACGAAACGCGCAUCGUUCACCUCGGAGCGAGAAUCAAUCAUGUUCAGCAGAAGUCGUGCGUCUUCACUUAAUAUCGCCGUGGUCGAGGAUGUCGAUCAUUCGCAACGCAGACUGUCGUCGCAGGUUUAUGUGUUGCGUGAUGGUAGAUAUGUCCCCGUGGAUCAGACGGAGUCUGAGCAGCGAAGGGGUCUUUUGAGUGGUGGGCGAACGAAUGAGAUGACUGAAGUCGAUAUUGCAUCGUCUAGCGUUACUUAUGAGCGAGCGCCGUCGUUUACCAGUAUCCCUGUUAUUGUCUCGCCUCCACUAGAAAAUGAUACGCACACAGAUCAACAUCGCGAUUAUCUCUCACAACCCGGGGGUGUAUUGGCAUUUCACGAAAUACUCCCCGAGGACCCCAGGACCCAUGCAUAG